AUGCUGACAUCAGGGCCAUCUGUGCAUAAAGGGGAAAAAACCACCAUGUUUGAUGCGGUCAUCCAUUUUGCCGGGCUAAAAGCAGUUGGUGAAAGUGUGCAAAAACCGUUGAUGUAUUAUAACAACAACCUUAUUGGUACAAUCACUUUGUUGGAAGUCAUGGCUGCCCAUGGAUGCAAAAAGCUUGUAUUUUCAUCAUCUGCUACUGUCUAUGGUUGGCCAAAAGAGGUACCUUGCACAGAGGAGUUUCCCCUUGCUGCUGUAAAUCCAUAUGGACGGACUAAGCUCAUAAUUGAGGAUAUAUGCCGCGAUAUCUACCAAGCAGACAAACAAUGGAAAAUCAUAUUGCUGCGUUACUUCAACCCUGUUGGUGCACAUCAAAGUGGCCACAUUGGUGAGGAUCCUCGUGGUAUUCCUAACAAUCUCAUGCCUUUUGUGCAACAAGUAGCUGUUGGCAGGCGGCCUGCACUUACAGUAUUUGGAACUGACUACUCAACAAAGGAUGGUACAGGGGUGCGUGACUAUAUUCAUGUUGUGGAUUUAGCUGAUGGACAUAUUGCUGCAUUGGACAAAUUAUCUGAUCCUUCUAUAGGUUGUGAAGUGUACAACUUAGGAACAGGAAAAGGAACCUCUGUAUUGGAAAUGGUAGCGGCGUUUGAGAAAGCAAGUGGAAAGAAAAUUCCUCUGGUGUACUCUGGGAGGCGACCUGGGGAUGCUGAGAUUGUGUAUGCAUCAACAGAGAAGGCAGAACGAGAGUUGAACUGGAAGGCCAAAUACGGAAUUGAAGAGAUGUGCCGUGAUCAGUGGAACUGGGCCAGCAAAAAUCCAUAUGGUUAUGAACCUUCGGAGUCCAACUCAUGA